AUGAGCUCCACUACGAAUAUUCUUGAACUCGGAUGGGUACUCUGGGGUCUUAACCUAUUCAUGAUCUUCCAAGCAUAUGACUCUUUCCUUACCUUGGCCGAUGAGGUGGCAUUUUUGACCCAGUCACAGUGGAAACUGGCAAAGCUUCUCUACGUUGUCUGCCGAUAUCUUACCUGCGGUUACUUGACGUUGGAGAUGCUCGUGGCAUUCCAACCCAUGAUGUCAAUUCACACAUUUGGCGCAGAUUUGGGAACUCUCAUUGUAGUGUGUGCGGAAGGUGUCUUCUUGGUCCGUGUUUGUGCAAUAUGGGGAUUUAGGAGGAGCGUGGUGAUUCUGUUCUCGAUCAGCGCGCUGAUGUAUGUUAUUGCUGCCACUGUGGUGGUCUGGAUCAUCCGAUCUCCCCCUGCAAUCACUAAGUCACCUAUCCCUGUCACGAGUUGUCUUGAAACUGGCAAUGACAAAACCAUCAUAAUCCUCUACGUAAUUCUGGUCGCGGCGGAGAUCCAAAUAUGGGUAUUCGCACUGUACAAGGUCGCUGCGAGCUACCGGCGCGGGGGUGGUCGUAAUCGCUUGUUGGAACAGUUGAUACAUCACAAUAUGAUUUACCUGACCUGCGGGCUUGUCUUCUCCUUCGGUGUCAUAUUGACGACAGCCCGUCUCAACGUGUCUUACGGUUUCAUGAUUGAGAGGUUUUUACGCAACUGGCAAGUCACUGUUCAUGCCUUUCUUGUUACAAAGAUGUAUCGCGGACUCUGGAAAGCGGAUCAGCGACAUGCUUUGCUAGAACCUGUUUCCUUCUCGCUUGCGACUUUCCAAGCCGCACCUGGAGUGUCAACUCAAGCAUGAAUUUCUGGCUUUCACCCCUUUUUUGUCUAGCUAUAGGUUGUUGAG